AAAAAGGCAAAGAAGAAGAUAGAAGGCGGUUCCAAUGUUUUCUCUAUGUUUGAACAAACCCAGAUCCAGGAGUUCAAAGAGGCUUUUACCAUCAUGGAUCAGAACAGGGAUGGCUUUAUUGACAAAGCAGACUUGAGAGACACAUUUGCUGCACUAGGUCGUCUGAAUGUCAAGAAUGAAGAGCUUGAAGACAUGGUGAAGGAGGCGCCAGGUCCUAUUAACUUCACUGUCUUCCUUACAAUGUUUGGGGAAAAGCUGAAAGGCACGGACCCAGAAGAAACAAUUCUGAAUGCUUUUAAGAUUUUCGACCCAGAAGGAAAAGGCCGCAUAAAGGCAGACUACAUCAAAGAAAUGCUUAUGACACAGGCAGACCGGUUCAGUCAAGAAGAGAUCAACCAGAUGUUUGCUGCUUUCCCUCCAGAUGUCUCUGGGAACCUUGACUAUAAGAACCUCUGCUAUGUUAUCACCCAUGGUGAGGAGAAAGACUGA